GGCGGCUCCCACCCCGAGUCCAUUUGAAAACAUGCUGAUCUCGGUGCAGGAAUUUAUCUCGGAGACGCUGGAGGACCACAGCUCCCCGACCACCUCCUCCUUCAUCACCAAGAUGGCAAACUGCAGAAACACCGUGACUACACUCGAGGAGGCUUUAGACAAAGAUAGAACAAUACUCCAGAAAAUGAAGAAAUCAGUCAAAGCACGAUUUAACUCUGGUCAAGAAGACAUGUCUUAUCAGGAAACGUACAUUACUGAGCUGGAAAAGUUGGCAGUGAACUUCUACAGCAACGAGGAGUCAAGACUGGCUGAUGCCUUCGGUAAUUUUUCAGAAUCCUCCAAAGAGCUGGUGACACCAAUGAGAAACCUGUUACAGAGCAUGAACCAUAUAAUUUUUUUCCUGAAUUCUCUGCUAAGAGGAGAGCUGAAAGGAGUUAAGGGGGAUUUAAAGAAACCUUUUGACAAAGCUUGGAAAGAUUAUGAGAGCAAAUUUACAAAAAUUGAAAAAGAGAAAAGAGAACACGCAAAACAGUAUGGAAUGGUACGGAUUGAAGUGACUGGAGGUGAAAUAGCAGAUGAGAUGGAAAAGGAACGGAAGAUGUUUCAGCUCCAGAUGUGUGAAUAUCUGAUCAAAGUGAAUGAGAUCAAGACCAAGAAAGGAGUGGACCUUCUACAGAACAUCAUCACGUAUUACCAUGCACAGUACAUUUUCUUUCAGGAAGGCUUGAAAACAGCUGAGAAGAUUAGGCACUAUGUGGAAACACUUACAGCAGAUUUGCAGAAUAUUAAAAAGAACCAGGACGAAGAGAAGAAGCAGCUCUGCAGUCUCCGGGAUCAGCUUAAACCAAUGGAACAGUUCGAUCAAAAAGAGCAGGACUCUUUGAGCCGCCAGUCUGUGUACAGCAUGCACCAGCUCCAGGGAAAUAAGCAAUACGGCACUGAGAAAAUGGGACCCCUCUAUAAGAAAAGUGAUGGGUUAAGGAAGGUUUGGCAGAAGAGGAAAUGUUCCAUAAAGAACUGUUACCUGACCAUCUCACAUGGAACACCCAACCGACAACCAGCAAAGCUCAACCUCCUGACCUGUCAGGUGAAGCCCAAUUUGGAGGAUAAAAAAUGCUUUGACCUCAUCUCACAUAAUCGCACAUAUCACUUUCUGGCAGAGGAUGAACAGGAUUGCAUGGCGUGGAUAUCAGUUCUAACUAAUUGCAAGCAGGAAGCUCUAAACAUGGCUUUCCAUGCAGAGCACAGUGGUGGAGAGAACAGCAUUGAAGACCUAACUAAAGCAAUCAUUGACGAUGUCCAACACAUGCCUGGAAACAGCGAUUGCUGUGACUGUGGAGCAGCAGGACCAACUUGGAUUUCUACCAAUUUAGGAAUUCUGAUAUGUAUAGAAUGUUCUGGGAUUCACCGGGAGCUGGGAGUGCAUUACUCCCGAAUCCAGUCCCUCUCACUGGACAAACUUGGAACUUCUGACCUCUUGCUGGCAAAGAAUGUUGGAAAUUCUGGAUUUAAUGAAUUUAUGGAAGCAAAUCUCCCAAAUUUAUCAUUAAAACCAAGUACAGACAGCGCCAUGAAUGUAAGGAAAGAUUACAUUGUCGCAAAAUAUGUGGAUCGUCUAUACGUGAAACAGAUAAGUGGCACGCCUGCGUCAAAGUUGAAUGAUUUGUACUAUGCUGUGAAAUGCAAGGAUAUAUUUGCACUGAUUCAGAUCUAUGCAGAAAAGGUCAAUCUUAGUGAAUCACUGCCAUCAUUUCUCCAGGAACCAGGAGAGACUGCUCUUCAUCUUGCUGUACAGCUAGCCGAUCGGACCUCCUUACACAUUGUGGACUUUCUUGUGCACAACUGUGGAAAUCUCAUGAAGCAGACAGUGAAAGGAAACACAGCUGUUCACUAUUCCUGUUUGUUCAAUAAAACAGAAUGUCUCAAAUUGCUUCUGAGAGCCAAGGCCAAUGCCAGUAUCCCCAAUGAAGAUGGAGAGACUGCCAUGGACAUUGCUCGGAGACUGAAAAACCACAACUGUGAAGAGCUGCUAUCUCAGGCAAAAUUGAACCAAUUUAAUUUGCACAUGCACGUGGAGUAUGAAUGGCGACUACGGCAAGAUGACCUAUUUGAGAGUGACGAUGAUCUAGAUGAAAAGCUGGGACCUGUUAAGAAAGAGCGGACCCCUCGGCCUUACAGCUGCUAUCAGGCUGUCAGCACACCAUCUGUGGGCCGGGACAAGGCCAUCAGCAGAGAGAUGGCCUACUUGUCACAAGAGCGCAGACAUGACCUGUUCAACCAGUCACGAAGUAUGGACUCUCAAGUAUUCUCUCCUUCAUCCGAUGGUCCACCGCCUCCUCCUAGAAUCCCAAUCCGAGCCCCAAGUGUCCCACCUCCUCCGCCACCUCCACCUGUGCCUCUUGCUGCUGUCAGUUUUGCCGCUUCGCCCUCUAUCAGUCUAUCACCUAAGAAGCAGCCACCCCCGCCACCCCUGAUAACCAAACACAAGCGGACCUUGUCAGAACCCACACCUGCUGUACCUCACAGUCCUCGGAACCGCAAGCAAAUCUCAUUUGGUAUGUUUCUUGGAACUGAUUCUACGCCACCAUCCAGUCCCCCUGCUACCGUGCUGGACAUAUCUUCACCAAGAUCAAGUUUAGGGUCUCCAAAAACAAUAUCACCUGGUCUCCAAUCUCUUCCAGAGCAACCAGAAACGGAAUUACAGAAGGAUAUCUAUAGUUUACCCCAAAAAUUCCAUCAUCCCAGAGAGAUCGGCCAAAGGUCCCCAAGGCAUACCUCUUCAAGAUCCUUCUUUACAGAGCCAAAUAAUGAUACAUAUGCUGUGCCUGGAAACCCGGUCCCACUUCCCCGUAAAAUGACUGCGAUCAAGCCCAAAAUUCGCAGGGGAAGAGCCAUUUACAAUUGCACAGCAGAUCAUGCUGAUGAGCUGACCUUCUCAGAAGGAGAAGUGAUAGUGGUAACUGAAGAAGAUGACCAUGACUGGUGGAACGGCUACAUUGAAGGACAGCCUUGCAGAAAAGGACUUUUUCCAGCAUCUUUUAUCCACUUGCUAACAAGCUAAUGGCCCCCCUUAUUGAUCUCCGGAUGAUUGAGGGAGAGGGUGGGGGGGGGCAAAGCUUUUUUGCUCUUUCUAAAUUAUUUACUCCUUGGAGCUCAAGAUGUCUGUUAUUUUCACUGGAAGCAAUCAUUGUGCAAAAUCGUCUAUUAUGAUUGUGAAGAGUGAUUCCAGAGUCCAUUCAAAUGCCGAAGUAUGUCUGCCAGUGAGGAGAACUGAGGAGCCAAACCAAAACCAAGAAGUGGUCAGUUCAGUGUACCUCCUCUUAACGGAUCACCUAUGGGAGCAAACCAGCCUGGUUCUUUGAGGCGGGUGGCUGUUUAAUCAGUGUGACUGUCUUGCUGUAAUUUGCUUGUAUUUGUUUUUUUUAAUCUCAUUUCCAGCUAGUGAUGUUAUUUGGUUUAUAUCUUUGAGGAUUUGCAAUAGUUACCGGACACCACUGGGUGGGAACCAAUAGAGAAGCAUGCCUGGUGUGAGAUGCUGGUGCUGGGCAAUGGUCAGUACAUGACGUUACUGAGUGGUUUCAAUUACACAACGUACAAGACCACAUCACGAUGAGCCUUAUGUACAAGUUAGUCAACUGUAACGGCACAAGUAGCAUCCCGAGAGGCAAGGCAGAUCAUGGAAACAAAUUGUGAUAAAAAUAAUAUAUAUAUAUAUAAAUGUGUAAUCAAAGUAUGUUCAUGUUAAGCAAUUUACCAAAACAAUAAUUAGUAUCAUUUACUCCAGCUUUAAAAUACAAUAGACUUGCAAUGAUCAAAUCCUGUUUACCAUACUGUGUGUGUGUGUGUACAUGGGAUAAUGUGGAUAAUAAUUUAAAUUUACAAAUAAUUUAAACUUCCCCACACAUCCAGGGAUGGGGGAGCGGUGGUGGUGAGGGAAAGUGUUUGUGGUCCUAUCUAUCCUGGAAAAAACACGAGUAAUGUUAUUGGCUGGAGAAGAUCUUUUAACAUCAGCUUGGAGAAUGAGCUGUGGAUUCCCUUUGAAGAUGGGAUUAGUCUAUUCUCAGUGAAACAAUCAGGAAGUCCACAGCUCCCUGUGGAGUUUAACAUAGUAACAUCAGGAAAGGGAUCUGGGAACAACUCCCACCUCUCCUGGUUGUAUUUUCAAACAGAUAUACUGCAGUCUGUGAUGGGUCAAUCAGAAAAGUAUCUGUCCAAAAUUCUUGAUUGCUGGCUCAUGCAGUGUGCAGAAUCAGCCCUCUUGAGUAUGUGACAAGUGAAUUGCACACUAAAUCUCAUUUGGAAUAAAGUGAAAAUUUGCAGUUCUUUUGGCACCCAAGUUGCGCAGGGUUACUGGUGUCUGUGAACAGGGUCACUGGUGUGACAAACCACAUUAACUGGACUGUGUCACGGCCGAGUGAGCAGCUGUUAAUUCUCAUGAAUUCAAGAAAUUUGCUCCAAAGUUAGCAAGUUGCUAUUCAUUUUCAGUAGAAAUUGGGACGGUUGGGGUUCCUGUGUCAAGCGAGACGCUUUGCAUUGUCUGACUGAUAUCACUCAAUAUUUCUGAAACUGCAAUGGAAAUAGUUUUGGUCACACCAGAAGAAGACCACGUUUACUAGGGUACAAUCAAUUCACAGCUGUCUCCAAAAUGCUUGCCUCAAUCUCUGAUGGAGAAUGUUUUUAUUAAUCCAUCUUUCACAAUAUAAAAUUUACAAUACAUUAUACCCGCAAUUAUUAACAAAUUGAGCUGUGGCCUGAGGGACCAAACUUUUCACCUAAGAUCAGCCUUGUGAGACCAUUUUGUCUUUAAAAUUUAAGAUUGCACAAAAUUGUGGAGCAUUCUUUGUGUGUGCAGGUGGGUGUCGGAGCACUCUGGCAAUUUAUUUCGGGAUUUUAUUUUGCACCAUUUUAUCAAGGAAGGCUUUGUUCAAUUUGUAAACGUCUAUGAUAUUAAAGAUGGUAAUAAAUGCCUAUUGUGUGUAA